CUGGUGUUGAGACGAACUGCCAUGUGGUAAAUACAGCGCUCCUGUGUAAAUAUUUCAGACUACGUUGAUGGAAAGGUCCAUUGAGGAUAUAACGAACCCUCUGCUCAUCUAGGAGAAGAUGUUCCUCUGGUCAUCAGUGUUCUCCGGGGAACCCCAGGUUCCUGGUCAGCGCUCGCCGGAGGAGCUGGUGAUUAACAUGCUGAUGCUGGAGCUGGGCUCUUUGCUGAAGCGCACGGAGCGCCUCCGUCAGGAGAGGACGAUGGAGAACCGCAGGCGCAGCUCCUCCGUGGAUUACAGCUGGCUGGCUGCACCUCCACAUAAAUCCCCCUAUGAGAUUCCAGCUGGGGAGAUGCUGGAGCUUCAGGACCUGUGUGCCAAAGUCUCUCCCUCCCAAUGCGGCCCCCUCAUCCUCAGGCUGAGGAAAGUUGUGACAGAGGUAGAGCCAGAGGUGACUGAGGUGUCUCGCCUGUUUCGUUCCGUUCUGUGUAACUUCCUAGACGAGGUGGAGGAGGAAGAAGCCAGCGAGAGAGCACUGAAGACUCGGGCCAGCCGCAGUAAGAGCAUGUCUGUCAUCAACCCGCUGUGGAGCAGAGUCACAGUCAGCCAUGAAGCUGAGGACCGAGCCGAGGACGACGAGGAUGAAGACAAUAUCCACACAAACAGGAGGAUCAGGAGCAUGCCUGAUAUCAGUGUAGUGGAAGAAAGAGCGCUGACCUGAACAAGCUAUGUUUGGAGUAGAAAACUCUUUAUGAUAUGGUCUGCACACAUAUUAUUUUAAAGCAUUGCUUGUUUCCCAAUUAUAAUGCAAGAAAGCUUAAUCAGCAUUACACUCUUAAAAAGGAAAGCUAUUAAUGGAGAUUUUGCAGUGAUGCCAUAGAAGAACCAUUUUGGGUUCCACAAAGAACAUUUUUUUUUCUUAGUGUGAAGAACAUUUUAAUAAUCUAAACUUGUUUCCAUCUCAUCUGCAAUGCGGUUUCAGGUACAAAGCUGGUACCCUAAGCUACAAAAGCCAAAAGGUACAUCUUUGUACCUUAUUUACCCCUAAACGGUACAUAUUAGUACCU